AUGACAAGUGGCUAUAUAAGAUUCUACAAGGUUGAGACAGACAAUGACUGUUAUGAAAUCGCACAAGAUGCGGGUGUAACACUCAAAGACUUGUAUAGCUGGAACCCUGCCUUGAAUGGAGAAUACGUUUGUAUUGGGGAGACUGGCUAUGCAACAACCAUCACCACUGGCUCACCGGUCCCUGUCACGCCAACUCCUACCCAGACUGGAAUGGUGGACGGUUGCCUGGGGUUCUACGAUGUCCAGAAGGACGAGGGGUGUGGCGAUAUAGCCUCCCGAGCAGGUAUUGCUACAUCUGAAUUUUAUAGCUGGAAUCCAGCUGUAAACACGGACUGUGCAGGUCUGCAAGCAUCUGUCUUCGUUUGCAUUGGAACUAGAGGACCUAUCACCACAAUCACCAGUGGAACUCCAGCGCCGGCGACAACUACCAACUAG